AAGAGCGAGGUGUGUGACGUCACGAGCGCAGCUCGCGUGCGCGGAUAUGGCGGUCCCUGCGACGACGAACGACUCCAAGAAAAGUGCUGAAAGUUAUGAAACAUGACAAGAAUCAACAUUAGAAGAUUGCGGAAGAGUCCAGCGGAUGUUCGGUGAGGAAACGAGCCCGACAGGAGAGACGUAAAGACGGCGCGGAGAGAGUUUACGGUCGCCUGUGGAGCGCGCGCGAGAGAGAGAGAGAGACACGCGGAAGUGACGAGAGACUUUAACAACUACAACUCAAACAAACUCCAACUCAACACUACAAAUCAAAAUUGCCCGAACCGAGAGUUAAAUCAGGAUAAAACUGCGCGGAUGUGCGUUUGAGUGUUUCUGUGAGAGUUCAGACAGUUAUAUGACUCGAUUCCGCACCUAUUAUUACUUGUGUUUAAUUACCUGAACUCCAUCUGAGGGCGUUUAAUUUCGAGUUAUUUACGUCAGUGACGACGAUUUACUGGUUUACAGAUGAAGCAGAUGUAAGAAUAAGUACUGACUGAUACUGAAUGACACUAGACUCCUCUAACAAUCACUACCCGAGAUACACAUCGGCUUUCGAAAGUGUUAGCAUUUAUUGGACUGUAAGACUUUUUCCAGUGAUAACUGAUUCCAGCUUGACUACAGUUGAAUGCACAUCAGGACGUGUGAACUAAUUAUUGACAUGUCUGAUGUGUCAGUAGCUUGUAACUGGAGACGUUCAUAUCGAUGUGACGUCACUAUGAUUGACAGCUCAACACUGCUGUGCUCAGAGUUGAUGUUUUUAGUGUGUUUGCGCUGGAGAUUUCAGUGAGGGUGAUCGGAGCAUCCUCAUGCAUUGAUUCUGACCCUAGAAACGGAUGUAUCGUCCUCAUCGCUUUCUGUUGUGUGAGAAUGACAUUGCUCUUAAUCCCACAGUGCAUUGAAAACACACUGCUCUUUUGCAUCUGCUUGUAUGCAGUUUGAGCUUUUAAUGCAGUGAUCUGCUCUGAAAUCAGUCAUCCAGCAGUCGAUGCAUGACCCGCACAGAAGAGCAGAUUGGACUGUGCCAUCUUCAGUAACGUCCCGCUCGUCUCCAGCUGCUGGAGUGUGAUCCUCAUCCGCUGUGUGUCCGGCCGCCGCCUGGCCUUCUGCCCUUAUGGGGCAGCAGCCAGGGAAGUUAGCUGGGGACCAGAGGAGGCCGAGUCUGCCGACGCUGCCCUUCAUCAAGGGAGCAGGGAAGAGAGAGAUCUCACGGCAGGGAGCACAGCACUUCAAUGUGUUCACCGUCCACGAAGCUCUUCAGCGGCCGGAUUUUGAGGCCACAGGUCUGUCUGAAGCGUCUCGUUGGAACUCCAAAGAGAAUCUGCUGGCGGGACCCAGUGAAAAUGACCCCAAUCUGUUCGUAGCGCUGUAUGACUUCGUUGCGAGCGGCGACAACACUCUCAGCAUCACCAAAGGAGAGAAGCUGAGGGUUCUGGGAUACAAUCACAAUGGCGAGUGGUGCGAGGCUCAGACCAAGAAUGGCCAGGGCUGGGUGCCCAGCAACUACAUCACGCCCGUCAACAGCCUGGAGAAGCACAGCUGGUACCACGGGCCUGUGUCCCGCAACGCCGCCGAGUACCUGCUGAGCAGUGGCAUCAACGGCAGCUUCCUGGUGCGUGAGAGCGAGAGCAGCCCAGGACAGAGGUCCAUCUCGCUGCGCUACGAGGGACGCGUCUACCAUUACCGCAUCAACACGGCCUCGGAUGGCAAGCUGUAUGUGUCGUCGGAGAGCCGCUUCAACACGCUGGCGGAGUUGGUUCACCAUCAUUCCACGGUAUCCGAUGGUCUGAUCACGACGCUGCAUUACCCAGCGCCCAAACGCAACAAGCCCACCAUCUAUGGCGUCUCACCCAACUAUGACAAAUGGGAGAUGGAGCGCACUGAUAUUACCAUGAAACACAAGCUGGGCGGAGGGCAGUAUGGAGAGGUGUACGAGGGUGUCUGGAAGAAAUACAACCUAACUGUGGCUGUCAAAACACUAAAGGAGGACACAAUGGAAGUGGAAGAGUUUUUAAAAGAAGCUGCAGUCAUGAAAGAAAUCAAGCACCCAAACUUAGUGCAGCUGUUAGGUGUCUGCACACGGGAACCUCCGUUUUAUAUCAUCACAGAGUUCAUGACUCAUGGAAACCUGCUGGAUUACCUGCGUGAAUGUGAUCAUGAGGAGGUCAAUGCUGUGGUGCUGCUCUACAUGGCCACACAGAUCUCCUCUGCCAUGGAGUACCUGGAGAAGAAGAACUUCAUCCACAGGGAUCUGGCUGCCCGUAACUGCUUAGUUGGGGAAAACCACUUGGUUAAAGUGGCAGAUUUUGGACUGAGUCGCCUGAUGACGGAAGAAACCUACAUAGCCCAUGUAGGAGCCAAGUUUCCCAUUAAAUGGACCGCCCCCGAGAGUCUGGCCUAUAACAAAUUCUCCAUUAAGUCAGAUGUGUGGGCAUUUGGCGUGCUGCUUUGGGAAAUUGCCACCUACGGGAUGUCUCCAUAUCCUGGAAUUGACUUGUCCCAAGUGUACGAGCUACUAGAGAAAGAUUACCGCAUGGACAGACCCGAAGGAUGCCCAGAGAAAGUCUAUGAGCUCAUGAGGGCCUGUUGGAGAUGGAACCCUGCAGAGCGGCCUUCUUUUGCUGAAACUCACCAGGCGUUUGAGACAAUGUUUCAAGAGUCCAGUAUCUCCGAUGAGGUGGAGAAAGAGUUGGGGAAAAAAGGUAAGAAGCUGACACUGGGUCCAAUACAGCAGGCACCAGAACUUCCCACUAAGACAAGGACACUAAGAAGACAUAUGGACAGUAGGGAUGGUGACAGUCCAGAUGCAGCAGAAGCUGAGGUGGCUGGGCCCCCGAUGCUCCCGAGGCCUGUCCUUGAUAGUAACUUGAACGAAGAUGAUCGCCUCCUAGCUAAAGAUAAAGAUAAGUUCCGAAUGAAUCCAUUCAGUUUAAUCAAGAAAAAGAAGAGAACCGCCCCGGCACCCCCAAAGCGCAGCAGCUCCUUUGGUAAGAUGGAUGGGCACCUGGAUCGUAGAGGACUGGGUCCCGACUGCAGAGAUGAUUUCAACAACGGGGCUUCCACAAAUGAUGCCUUGCACAGCAUUGACCCUUCCAAAUUGGUCAGCUCCAACAAUACCACGGCUGUCGGAGUCACCAAUGGAACCCCAGUAUAUCCUGGUCAGCUCUUCCCUUCUCAUUCACGUAAAAAGGGCACGGUCACAACAUCGGGUGGCGGAGGGAAGCUUGCCACAACUCCACCUGCAGAAGAAGAUCCUAUGUCAAACUCCAAGCGAUUCCUAAGGUCUUCUUCCGCCUCUAGCAUGCCCCCAGGGUCCGAACGCACUGAGUGGAAGUCUGUCACCCUGCCGCGUGACAUCCAGUCAUCUCACUUUGACUCGGGCACCAUUGGAGGCAAGCCGGCUCUGCCACGCAAGAAAGCAGAUUGCAUGCCACGUGGUGGCACCCUUACCCCACCACCACGCCUUCCCAAGAAAACAGAGGAUGCACCUGACGAAGUGUUUAAGGACUCAGAGUCUAGUCCUGGAUCAAGUCCUUUGACUCUGACACCUAAGCUCACCCGUCGGCCACAUGUGCAGAUGGAAAGCUCCAAAACAAGUGCCUUGCAAGCGGAGCUGUUCAAGCCCAAUGUGUUUCCACCUCUGGGAACAUCUGGUGAGGAAUGCAGACCUCGUAGGCUCAAGAACUCUUCUGAAGUCCCUGGACAAAGAGACAGAGAGAAGGGGAAGUUUGCAAAACCUAAACUGGCUCCUCCUCCACCUCCUGUCUCUAGUGCCAAAUCUGGAAAAUCUUCGAGGAGUCCCACUUUUGAUAUUUCUUCGGAUACCAAAGUCAAAGGCUCCUCUGAACAAAACCCUCCGAGUCCCGGAUCCACAGAACAAGGCAGGGGCACAAGUCUUUCCCAAGAAAGUGGCAAAAAAUUGCCAAAAAACACCUCGAAAGUGCAGCCCCCAAAGACCUCUUCUACAUCCCCAAGCAGUCAGCUACCAGGGAUGGGAACGGGAUCGGCUGUUGGUGACCCAGGAUCCAACUUCAUUCCCCUCAUGACGACUCGCCGCUCGCUAAGGAAAACGCGCCAGCCGUCGGAGCGACUCUCCAACUCUUGCAUCACACGCGAGAUGGUUUUGGAGAGCACGGAGCUCCUGCGAGCUGCCGUUGGCCGCAUUUCAGAGCAAACCGGCAGCCACAGUGCAGUGUUGGAAGCUGGCAAGAAUCUGUCCAAGUAUUGCGCAAGCUUCGUCGAGUCCAUCCAGCAGAUGCGCAACAAGUUCGCUUUCCGCGAAGCCAUCAAUAAGUUAGAGAGCAGCCUGCGCGAGCUGCAGAUCUGCCCUGCUGCCACUGGGGGGGCCAACACACCACAAGACUUUUCAAAGCUGCUUUCCUCUGUCAAGGAGAUUAGUGACAUUGUUCAGAGGUAGUGGAGAAGAGCAUAGAUGGAACUGAUAUCUAUGUGUCUGGGGCUUCUCUGGGUUGGCUGUGGUGUGACAUACAUUUCCAUUGGACCCACCUCAGCUUUUCUCAUGCCAAAUAGAUGAAUAUUUAAGAACGAUUCAGUGUCUUAUUACUGUGCACAAAUGCAGGGGAACCAGUAAUGUUCCUCCAGAAUCUGUUUGGUGAUUUUAAGGUAGCCCAGGUCCAAGCCUUAGUGACUUGAUUUUUUAUGAGUCUUUGUCUGCAAUUCCUUGACUUUUCUUCUCUGCAUUUUCUCAAAGUAUUUGUUAAAGACAGCAUUAUCUCAGCAUUGCAGAUGACUGACAGAAAAACACCUCAUGUGCCUCACACUUUUCAACCUUUUUAAGGGAUUAAAAUAUAUUUUUGAUUACAUUCAUGAUCAUAGUAUUGAUAAAGACUGUUUAUUGAUGUGUCCAGCUUAGUUUUCUUUGUGUGGUUGGUCAAGAAAGGGCUUUGUUGCGAGAUGUGAACGGUCCCUGUGAUAUGAGGAACUUCAAACCGACUGAUCAAGUAUUGUAUGAUUGCAACACUGUGCCAUGAUUGACACUUCACUGAUGGGGUCGUUAAUUCGGUUUUCUCACCUUUUCCAGGCCCGUCAAGGGUUUUGAACAAGUGUUCCUACAGCACAAUCACUACAUACAUGCCUUUCCAAAACUACAGUUGCCUUAAAGAGACUCGCUGAACAUGAAUCAUUGGUCAGCGAAUGAAACACUACUGUCUCAAGGAGAAAGACUUGUCAGUGAGAAUCGGCGCUUCAGAAACAGUAUAUGUAUAGAUGUUUUUGUAAUGUCCUUGAAAGAUCUUCAGUUACCACUUGAUGUCAUUUCAAAGGUUUUCCACACACCACUGACAGAAGUGCUCCGGGAUCACGGACUUGAACGGAGCAGCUUUAUCCAAUGACCACAAGCCAUGAUUCUCAUUUACUAAAACUUUCGUGUUUUGCUUGUGUAAUUGAAAUAAUGCAGUUGUUUUCAGUAUUACUUCGUCUUUUCCAACACUUUGCCAUUAGACUGCGACGCCUGAGGAGGAGGCCAACCACAAGCUGCCUUUAAUUCAACAUGGUACUACCAGUGUUGACAUUUCAUGUUUUU